AUGAACCUGAGGAGCAAAGUUUCGAAAAAGAAAUACAUGGAUGACAUAGGGAAUAUAGAAGAUGAAGCGACGAAGAGAAACUAUUGGGAUAGCGGAACAGAUCAAGAGAGAAUUGUCGUGGAUAAGAGUACCUGGAACUCCAAUGAAUGUUAUGCCUUGGAUAAUAAACCGACGGACUAUCAAAAGAAGAAGUUCGAGUACAAAACCCUAGAGGAUGGCGAAGUUCUUCGGUAUAACAGCUUCAUGCCCACUGGUCAGGUCUAUGAGUUCUUACCGUGUGCUCCUGGGCAGUCCCUUGCUAAGACGGUUAUCGGGUAUAAGAAACAUCGAGGAAUGUAUAAGAUCAUGGAUAUCGAAGGUGCACCCAAAGAAGGAAAAGAAGACUUCGUGCCAUAUAAGCUACUUCUGUAUCGUGGCUACUUCAAGAAUGAACCAGAACGUGAUGAUGGACACCGUUUUAUAUACCUUGCAGAGAAUAAACCUACGGAACCUGAUGUGGGUGACUGCUUCAUUCGACUGGAGGAGAUCCAUAACCGUAUGAAAGGUGUCCAAUGGGCGUAUUUUGAAGAUUGUGAAGCGGUCAUUAAGCGGCGCAAUGUUAAGGUCGUUAGAUCUGGCAAAUCCAAGGCAAAGAAGGAAGUUCCUGAACAACCUGAAGAAACUCACAAACUGGGCCCAUCACUCAGGUUCCGCUGCUGGGCUGUCGACGGUUUCCCAUGUACUAAUCAUGAGCUAAAUCUCAGCAACAGGCUUUUCCACAACCUCUUUGAUGCCAACGACAAGUGGGAUCAUCUCGAUGUGUUCAAAGUCUGGGCAGAACUAUUGCGCAAGUCACAGGGCGAUAAAUUCGCAUCAAAAGACUUCUUUGGCCGCUACUGGGAUGCUGUUAUUCCCACUGCCGACAAGGCCUUGUUUGAGACUGGGUUCCUCAUCGUUAUAGAUGCGAGAUAUCUUCAGUACCGAGGCGCCGAUGGCUCUGACCGCGAAAAGAUGAAGAAAGAGGUGUUCGCGGCCGUCGAGCGUGUUCUUGAUGCGCCCCGCCUGAAGUUCAGACCUACCCUCACCCUCAAUAACGUUGUGUUCUUUGAUCAAGACAUCACACCCAAGGCUGAAGGCUGGGAUAAAGACGGAUGGAGAAGUCUUGAGCCGCACCCCGGGGGACUUUACACCAUUUACGUCUCUCGGUCUGUCCGGGAGUUUCUUUGUAGAGAUAACCAUGACAAGCCGCUGUGGCAGGAUAGAUAUCCUGCACCACCGGAGAAGCUUGCUCAUGAUCUUAAUGAGUUGCUGACCAAUUGCAAAACAACAAACACUCAAUCAACAUUCACUUUGGUCAAACAUGACUAUGUGGUUGCUGCGAGGAAAGGCAAGAGAACGCCAACACAAGAUAAAUGUGUAGCUCCUAAAGGGUUUUCUGCUAACGCUGCUUUAUCGAAAAUAUACCCUGGAUAUCAUCCCAAUGUUGCCAAGGCGAAGAAAAGAAGAGUCGCAGAGUGGCUACAUAGGUCGGCUUUCAGCUACGGGGGAAUAACUGAAGGAGAUCUGAGCUCAUCUCAGGUUCCUAACAAUCUCGUUCUUGGCACGCCUGAUUCCAAUACGGUUAUGAUGAGGCAAGUACAUACGCAGAUGCCUCUUACACAGAUGGACAAUUCACUGACAUUUAACAGAUAUGAAGCUUUUGUCAAACGUCUUGCGUACUAUUCGAACAGCGAGAAACAUGCUCCAGUUCUCGUUAUAACGAAGGUUUGCUAUCCUGCUCUGGUAGGAUGGAACCAUGACUGGAUACGGGACGCUGAGUACACUUGGUUGGCACCUCAACUUUCUUACUACUACUGUAAUAAGAGGGUGGAGGAUAAGCCUAACGUUUAUAUCAGCCGAAGAUUACACCCUUUGAACCGCGAAACCUGCAUGCUGUUUGAGGCUCUUCUGGAUAAGUCCAUGGAGAAAGCUUGCUGGAAAUGGGAUUGCUGGGAUAUCAACGCUGUCGCGAAAGCGCUUAUAGAGUCAACGGCUUUGGGUGGAGACCAAGAGGGCCCGUUUGAAAAGGAAGAUUUAAAAAGUCUGGUUAAAGAAGCUGUGCUUGAUGACAAAGGGAAUCCCUUGCCCGAGAACGAUUUGGAGGCUGUGGUUCAGCAAGACCUGGAUCAGCGACCUUGA